AAUACGCGUCAUUGAUGUGAAACAAGCACUUUUCGCUGCUGUGAAAAUACAGGAAACUUYCGUAACUAAAACCUAUCCUAGGCCUGGGCUGAUAGUAGUAUGGCUGCACUUUGAAAUCCAUUAAAACUUUCUAUUUAAUUUGAGUGACGAGAAAAAUCAGGUAGCAGUGAGUUUCUACAAACUGUAUCACAAACAAGAAGGAUACCCCCGCCGCCAUUGCUCGACCCUUUCAAGUUUUGCGCAUGUCCACAAGGAAUGUAUCUGAUUGGUUACCGAAUGAAACGUGAGACUUCGAGUAACGUGUUCAAACUUCUUCAACUGUUUACAUAGACGCUUCCAUGCAGUUCUUAGUCUUGUCGGUUUUAUGUUGGUCUGUUAGAACGAUGUGAUUUGUUGAAAUCGUCUAAUAUACACUAUCAUGGAUGACGAAAGUGAUCUCAUUGCUUUUGAUGAUAUCGUGACUAGCACGCCGGUCAAAGUGAGCUUGAAUUUAGUUGACUCUGACCUCCACUCCGUUGGAUCCAGUUCGUGCCGUACACCUAACAAGAGGUCUAUCAGCCUACUUGAUUUCUCCUCUGACUCUGAUGUGUCUUGCCUAUCUCCGCCAGCAAAAAGUUGCCUCAAAACUAUCAAUCUUAUAGACGAGUCUACUGAUUCCAGGGUUACAGAGAGUUCAAAUGGCGGUGUUUCUGACAUCCAACCGCAGGAUCUGUCACACGAUGGUGAAUCUUUAAUAAUUUUCAAAGAUGAUGAUGGUGAUGAUGAUGUUACACGUUGUCCAACAAGAGAGGUCCCUCAUUGUUCAGAUGAUAGUCAAGGUGAAUCUUUAAUAAUUUUCAAAGAUGAUGAUGGUGAUGAUGAUGUUACACGUUGUCCAACAAGAGAGUUCCUUCAUUGUUCAGAUGAUAGUCAAGGUAGAUCUUUGGCUGAUAACCAUGAAAAUACACAGGAAACUCAUGUAGGACCUAAUAGUCAAGAGGUGCAUAGUUCCAAAGUACAAGCACCAACAAUAGCCACACCUAGAGGUACAGUAUAGGGCAUAUUAUUUCCUCAAUUGUUUGAAAUGUUUGACUUUUUACACA